CCUGGGGGACUGAGGGAGGGCCCGGGCGGUACGAAGCGGGGGUGGGCCCAGUACGUAAUGGCAGCGCGGUGGCCUCGCGUCCAUCUUUACCGCUCUCUCGGACCUGUCACAAAGGAGUAGCCCUGCCGCCGCCGCCCCCUCCCUCGGGUGGGCCCAGGAGCUGGAGAAAGUCAGUGCCGCAGCCCAGACGCGCUGCUCCGGGAAGCCCCUGGGGACGCGGAGCGGGGGGGAGCCCUAGGGCUGGGGACGUCCGUGAGGGAGAACAGCCGCCUGAGUGCGGCGGCGAGACCAGACUUGGGUCGGAGGAGGCUCCGGGACGGGGCCUGGGAGGUGGGUGGCGUUGGGCAGAGCCCAGAAAACAGCCCGGAGGUUCUCCAGAGACGCCCGUGCUGAAGGCGCCAGGAGAGGUUCCUGGAAGAGGGUGUUCCCCCUUUAGGGGGUUCUCGACCGGAGGAGGUUGUUGGGGGUCGCCCUUCUGAGGAGGCCGCGGCGAAAGGGAUCCAGAACUGCCACUGGAUGACUAGGAUUCCCUGUAACUGAUAAUGUUGGAGAUCAACUCUGCAACUUUCUUCAGCAUUCAUUUGUUAAAAACAAAUAGGAUGCAAGUUCCUCAGCUUCCAAUUAUGAAAACAGUACUUGGAAAACUGAAAACUAUCUAAAUGAUUGUCUUUGGUUGGGCCGUGUUCUUAGUGAGCAGAAGCCUUGGCCAGGGUCUGCUGCUGACUCUUGAGGAGCACAUAGCUCAUUUCUUGGGGACUAGAGGUGCCACUGCAACCAUGGGUAACUCCUGUAUCUGCCGAGAUGACAGUGGGGCAGAAGACGCUGUUGACACCCAGCAGCAGCAGGCUGAGAACAGUGCGGUACCCACUGCUGACACAAGGAACCAACCCCGGGACCCUGUUCGGCCACCAAGGAGGGGCCGAGGACCUCAUGAGCCAAGGAGAAAGAAACAAAAUGUGGACGGGCUAGUGCUGGACACACUAGCAGUCAUACGGACUCUUGUAGAUAAUGAUCAGGAACCUCCCUAUUCAAUGAUUACAUUGCACGAAAUGGCAGAAACAGAUGAAGGAUGGUUGGACGUUGUCCAGUCUUUAAUUAGAGUUAUUCCAUUGGAAGAUCCCCUGGGACCAGCUGUUAUAACAUUAUUACUAGAUGAAUGUCCACUGCCCACUAAAGAUGCACUCCAGAAAUUGACUGAAAUUCUCAAUUUAAAUGGAGAAGUAGCUUGCCAGGACUCAGGUCAUCCUGCCAAACACAGGAACACAUCUGCAGUCCUAGGCUGCCUGGCUGAGAAACUAGCAGGUCCUGCAAGUAUAGGUUUACUUAGCCCAGGAAUACUGGAAUAUUUGCUGCAGUGUCUGAAAUUACAGUCCCACCCCACAGUCAUGCUUUUUGCACUUAUCGCACUGGAAAAGUUUGCACAGACAAGUGAAAAUAAAUUGACUAUAUCUGAAUCCAGUAUUAGCGACCGGCUUAUCACCUUGGAGUCCUGGGCUGAUGAUCCUGAUUAUCUGAAACGUCAAGUUGGUUUCUGUGCCCAGUGGAGCUUGGACAAUCUGUUUUUAAAAGAAGGUAGGCAGCUGACCUAUGAGAAAGUGGACUUGAAUAGCAUCAGGGCCAUGCUGAACAGCAAUGAUGUCAGCGAGUACCUGAAGAUCUCGCCUCACGGCUUGGAGGCUCGCUGUGAUGCCUCCUCUUUUGAAAGUGUGCGUUGUACCUUUUGUGUGGAUGCUGGGGUGUGGUACUACGAAGUAACAGUGGUCACUUCUGGGGUCAUGCAGAUCGGCUGGGCCACACGAGACAGCAAAUUUCUCAAUCACGAAGGCUACGGCAUUGGGGACGACGAAUACUCCUGUGCAUACGAUGGCUGCCGGCAGCUGAUUUGGUACAACGCCAGAAGUAAGCCUCACCUGCACCCCUGCUGGAAAGAAGGAGACACAGUAGGAUUUCUGUUAGACUUGAAUGAAAAGCAAAUGAUCUUCUUUUUAAAUGGCAACCAGCUGCCUCCUGAGAAGCAAGUCUUUUCAUCUACUGUAUCUGGAUUUUUUGCUGCAGCUAGUUUCAUGUCAUAUCAACAAUGUGAGUUCAAUUUUGGAGCAAAACCAUUCAAAUAUCCACCAUCUAUGAAAUUUAGCACUUUUAAUGACUACGCCUUCCUAACAGCUGAAGAGAAAAUCAUUUUGCCAAGGCACAGGCGUCUUGCUCUGCUGAAGCAAGUCAGUAUCCGGGAAAACUGCUGCUCCCUGUGUUGCGAUGAGGUAGCAGACACACAGUUGAAGCCAUGCGGACAUAGUGACCUGUGCAUGGAUUGUGCCUUGCAACUGGAGACCUGCCCAUUGUGUCGUAAAGAAAUAGUGUCUAGAGUCAGACAGAUUUCUCAUAUUUCUUGACACAUGUGAAGAGGCACCAUGGACUUAUUUCUACUCAAUUCCAGCCAAUGUUGAAAAGAAAAACAAAGAAAAAAAAAAUCUCUAAUCAGUUGUACGCACAUUGAAACUUAUAGCCAUGGCCAGAUUUUAUGCUAAAAAAUGGUAGUUUGUCAAAGACAAAAUUCUCCUAGAAUCUAACCCAACUUGCCAGCCCUGAGAAAUCACUUUUAAGGCCAAGGAAAGCUGAAUGCCAACAGCCAGGCCUGUGGUACUUCCAUGAAAAACAGUAGGAGACAGUGCCCACCCCCACCCCUGAGUGCUGAAACCACACCAGAAAUCUCCAGGUUGGGUUCAUUUGAUUGCUUAACACAGGAUGUUUUGUCUCAGACUCUAAAGUUUUUACUUUGGGCAAAAGUCACUAUGGAGAAGUCAAUGACGACAUUUCUGGGUUAAGUGUAACUUCUCAUUGGUCAGAGAGCCACGGCGUGUUAAGCAUGGAUACUGCGCUGCAAGACUUGAAGCUGUAAGACUAGAAUGACACAGGUCAGUACUGCAAGCAACAUAGAGGGCCUGAAAGAAGGUGCACAGACUGUAGAAAAAAUCCAAUUUUUGAUAUUUCAGUGAUUCCAAAGAACAUUCUAGUUUUGUUUUUUUUUUUUUUCUUUUUAACUGCAGAGAGUUGGUGGUAUUUUCACAUUCAUGGUGUUUCUAUCCAAUUUCAGUACCCACAUUUUGUGAGGAAAAAUUGUUUUAACAAUGCAGGAGGAAUUCUUAAAUUAAUUGCAAUGUUAGACUGGAGAAAAUUUGGUAUUUAGAGUAUUUUUAAGGUACCAUUGAAUCAGGAUUUUUUGGUUUUUGUUUAAAAAAAUUCUUUUUAAUCAGUAUUGUUUUUGGAAGUAAUAUACUUUGAAACUCUUAACUAAUAGUCUCAAAAACUCUUAGAGGACAGUCUGAGAGCACGUAUUCCUAUUGUUUAAAAUAAAUACAUGUUUUCGAAUAGUAAAUUCAAUCAUGGAUUGUUGACUAUGUCUUCAUCAAAAGUGUUAUUCCCUCUCAGGGUCUCUGGUGAAGACCUUCAAGAGUUUGGUUUUUUCUCCCAGAAAAUUGGAAGGUAGAAUUGUAAAUUCAUAGAACUUAUUUUAUAAUGGUGUACCUCAACAGCUGCCUUUCAAUUUAUGCCAAGUCCUUACUGAGUUUAUACUUGAAUAGUAAAUAUGUCUUCUGAGUUUUACAGUGUCUUAAAUUCAAUGCACAUUUUUUUUUCUUCCUUUCCCACCCUUUCUUGUUUGUAGUUCAUUCAACUGUCCUAUUCCAGAGCUGAUUUCCUUCCUGGCCGUACUUGUUGGGGUGCUGGAUUUUUUUCCAUGUCUUUAGUCUUCCGUAAAUUCAAAAAAAUAUAUAUAAAUAUAUAUAUAUAUAAUGUUCUCUUCUUUAGCUUGUGGUGAAUAUAGUAAUUUGCAUUGAUGAAAUAAAACAUUUGUUGCCUUUUUUGA